AGACCCGACUUGUAAAGUUUUGGGAUUCCAUUUCUUUCGAAGUGCUGAAGGGCAUAAGCAACUCGUAUAUACCUGACUAACUAAACUUCAAAGUGUUGAAUUGUUUGCUGAAAUGAAACACGCUUCCUUUACUUCACAGCACCCACAACAGUGGAGCUAACACUGAUUUGACACUUUUAAUUGUCUCUCUUGCUAGCACCUGCUGGUACAUGGCUGUUGACAUGUUGCUUUCAGUGUCUGACUGGCAUCUCCUGUGUCUGUGCCCACAGCAACCAAAUAAGUUCAACAAUGUAUUUGCUGACACCACUGUACCUACUUGCGUUUCACUGUAUUCCUAAUAUCAGUUAUUUACCAUACAAAACAAUAUCAUUAAAUACAUCUGUACAUGUUAUAUGUAGUUUUCUAAACGGGUCACUUUAUGGAGUUUCUUGUAGAGUUCAUUGGCAAUUAUUUAGGGAAGUAUUAAGCAACAGCAGGGUGCUUGAGAAAAUGCAUUUCCUGGUUGAAUAUUACGUACAUGCAUUUCUUUCUUUUCAUGGGAGCAAGAGCUCAGAGAAGCCAAAAUUCAGCAAAGAAACACUGCAUGAAUGAAUGAAGGAAUAAAUAAAUAAAGUUUAGUUGCUUCUCAUUAUACAAAGCCUGCCCUGAAACCUUGUCUGACUGCUUUGAGCCACACACGCACAAAAAGCAUUUUGCUUGCUUCCUAUUUGCAAGAGGGGAUGCAUACAUCCCAUGUGUCCUGCAUAAACACUUACACGUGUCAUCGUUUACUCACCAAAAAAAAAAAAAAAAGUAUUACAUGAAGAAUAUUAUGUGAUACUAAUAGAAUAAUAAUUUUAAAAAGCAGUUUGUUUUGAGUAUUACCUUUUAAAAUAAUACGAAGCAAACAUGCCCCAAACUGCAUGCAAAUUCACAUUGUGUUAUGUAAACCCAUGGAUAUUAGCAUUGUAACUUUAGGAUUUAAGACUUUAACACAGACGCGCUGUGAUUUCGGAAAAGAGAUUCUGUGCAGCGCCAGGUAGAAAGAAAGGAGCUUCACGCGGUGGCUGUCAUGCAGCGGCUCGUAUUAUUAGUGGUUAAACUUUGUGUGUACUUUUGGCACACAGGAAUAAAUGCAGUAAAUGUCAAAUCUAAUUCAGAGUUUAGUUUACCAGGGGAUUAUCUUUUAGGAGGACUGUUCCCGGUCCAUAAAACCGAACAGAUUGAUCUGCAAAGGAAGCCCGAAGUAAUACAGUGCUCCAAAUAUGAUUUUUUCCCGGAAGGCUAUAAUCAAUUUCAAGUCAUGAGGUUUGCUGUGGAGGAGAUCAACAACUCGACCUCCCUCCUGCCCGGUGUCACCUUGGGCUAUGAGAUCUAUGACCUCUGUUCCAGUUCUGUGAACAUCAGGGCAGUCCUAGACUUCCUCUCUGACAAUUCAACUCGGUCCGUCCCGUUUGGAGUGGGAUACAGACCGGACCAUCACCUACCCAAGGUCUUGUCAGUGAUUGGGCCUUCCUCCAGCACGGAGGCAUUUUUAACUGCAUCUAUGUUGAUGACCUAUCUUGUGCCACUGAUCAGUCAUUCAGCAUCAAGCAUGCAGUUAAGUGACAAAGCCAGAUUUCCCUCGUUUAUCCGUACGAUCCCAAGCGACAAAAAUCAAGUGGAUGGCAUUGUUCUCCUUUUGCUCAAAUUCAACUGGCGCUGGAUCGCGUUGCUGGGGACAGACGACGAUUACAGCCAGGACGGCAUAAAGGCAUUGAAUGAGCAGACGAGGGAGCACGGCAUCUGUGUGGCCUACGAGAACACAAUCCCACAGAGCAGCAGCGCCGUGGGACAUAUGUUGAGAAACAUUGUCUAUCUCAACGUCAAGGUCGUGGUGGUGUUUGCAACGGGGCAACCCGUCACCGACCUCAUGAGACAGGCCAUCGCCAGCAACGUGGGGGACAUUGUCUGGGUCGCCAGCGAAGCCUGGUCACUGAGUCAGAGCAUACCCAAGAUGCCUGGAAUCAGCAGGGUCGGCACUGUUUUAGGAAUGGCCGUUAAGGGGAUGGCUCUUUCCGGCUUUGACCAGUUUAUCCAGAGUACGAGGAAUUCCUGGAACGGGAGCUUUCAAAAGAAGCCUUCAGCGUUCUUGGGAGCAACCAGCAAUCAGGGAUCAUGCAACCAGCACUGCCCACAGUGCAGCGAGAUCCCCGCGUCAGCCGUCCAGGACUUUGACUCGACAUUCAGUUUUAGCGUUUACUCUGCAGUUUAUGCUGUCGCCCAUGCAUUGCAUCGGGUACUGAAGUGCGACGGGAAAAUCUGCAAAAGAUCAGAGCCAGUUUUUCCUCAUCAGAUCCUGCAAAACAUGAAAGAGGGGAGCUUCACCCUUAACGGCCGAACCAUCAGCUUUGACAAAAAUGGAGACCCGCCCCCCCAAUACGAGGUAGUGUUCUGGGAUACGACCUCACAGCCAGUCAGCUUCAAGAGAGUUGGAUCGUAUGCCUCAGAUUCAGGAGAUUCAGGGACCCGGUUUGUUGUUCGAGAAGAGGAUAUCAAGUGGCACGCUAGUGGCCAGAUCCCUGUAGCGCUGGGUUCCAAGGAUUGUAUCCCGGGUUUUAAAAAGACACCCUAUGGAAUUCACACCUGUUGCUUCAACUGUGAGCCUUGCACUGCCGGAACUUUUGUUAAUCAAAGUGACCCCUAUACCUGCCAGCCGUGUCCAGAGGACGAGUGGUCAGAUGAUGAAAGUGCAUUUUGCCAAAAACGCACCCUGGAAUACCUCGACUACAAUGAUCAUUUCUCCAUCGGGCUGUUGGUGUGUGCGGGUCUGAUGUGUACUGUCUCGGUGGCUGUAGCCAUUGUCUUUGCAGUCCACCACGACACCCCCGUGGUGAAAUCUUCCGGGGGCAAGAUGUGCUUCUUCAUGUUGGGCUGCUUGGGCGUCUCUUGCCUCAGCAUCAGUUGUUUUUUCGGGGUACCCACCACCUGGAAAUGCAUACUGAGAAACCCCGUCUUUGCUGUUUUAUUCACCGCUUGUCUCUGCUGUCUCUCAGUCCGCACCUUCCAGGUAAUCUGCGUUUUCAAAAUAGCCGCCAAGAAUCCCAAAGUUUAUGAGUUCUGGGUCAAGAAAAACGGUCAGUGGAUGUUUGUGACAGCGGCCGUGGGCCUCCAGAUCUUCAUGUGUGGUCUCUGGGUCGGCAUAGAGGGGCCGCACCCUUUCAAUGACACCCAGGCUGUCAGGGGACAGAUUAUCUAUGACUGCGGCAUGGGGAACAUGUUUGCUUUCACAGCAGUGAUAGCUUUCGUCGGCUUGCUCAGCGUGCUCUGUUUCGCUUUCUCCUACUUCGGGAAGGACCUCCCUAAAGACUACAACGAGGCCAAGUACGUGACCUACAGCUUGCUGGUCUUCUUUUUCACCUGGGUUGCGUACUUGACGGCUUACGUCGUCUACAGCGGGAAAUACAUUCCCCUGAUAAACGCCAUCUCAGUGCUGGCUAGUCUGGCCAGUAUCCUGGUGGGUUACUUCAUCCCCAAAUGUUACGUCAUCCUUUUUAAACCAGAGUACAAUACGACAGCACACUUUCAGACAUGCAUUCAGAACUACACUAAGACCAUUAGUAGUAAAUGAUGACUGCUAUUGCAUUAGAUAAGUACAGAUAUAGAUAUAAUUAAGCAGGUAUGUAGC